UUAUUCGAUUAAUAAUCUUAAAUUUAUGUUUUAAAGGAAUGCAUUCAUCUCAUCUUUGACUCAGCAACUACUGUCUCCAUGGCAAUAGUCGAACUCCAAAGUCGUGGAUUAUGGRUGCCAGGCAACAGGACCAGCAAGGACCUUAGUUCCAACAGAGAAAGAUUGUACAAUCAAGCAACGAAAGUAAGUUUCAAUGGCUACACAGGACAUGUAAAGUUGAACAGCAAAGGAAGACGACUUCUAGAAACUCUUGAAAUAUUGAACUUAAGAAAAGACGCAUUUGUCAAGGUUGGAAAGUGGGUCAAAUCAUCUCCUCGUCAUUUUGCCGGRCAAAUAUUACCAAAUGUUAUCAAGUCAUCAAAUGGAAGUUCCCUUCAAGGACGCCAUCUGUCAGUUGUAGUAAUUGUGUUGGAGCCAUUUGUUUACAAGACAAUCAACAAUGAUAGCUCAGUACAYUACACAGGCUUCCUUGUGGAUCUGCUUAAAAAACUUGCUGGUGAUUUGAAGUUUUCUUAUGAGAUUCACGAAUCGUUGGAUGGGCAAUAUGGGCUUGAAAACAAUGGAGAGUGGAAUGGCAUGGUUAGGGAACUUAUCGACGGGAAAGCAGACAUGAUUGUGAGUGAUUUAGUCGUAACAGAAGCAGCYGAAAAGGUUAUCGACUUCGCAUUCAGCUAUAUGUAUUAUACAGAAGUAAUCGCCAUGAAAAAGAUCGAAAUCAAGACCAAUGAUUAUCUGCAAUUCUUGAUGCCUUUUGAUGCUGAGGUCUGGAUAGCUCUUGUGGGAGCGCUAGUCGUCUUUACAAUAAACCUUUUCGCAUUUAACUACUUUAGUCCUUAUGGAUGGAAAAACGAGCAGGGAACAAAGACGUCUAAGGAAUUUAGUUUGUUUAACUGUUUUUGGUUUUCAUGUUCUUGUAUGCUGCAGCAAGGACCAGAACACACACCUAAAUCUAUAUCAGGCCGUCUUCUCGUAGGCUUUUUCUGGUUUACUGUCCUUGUAUGGGUCUCAACGUACACAGCAAACUUGGCUGCUUUUUUCACUGUAGUGUCUAAGGAACUACCUAUCAAUAAUCUUGAGGACGCCUUCAACUCCAACUAUCAGCUCGGCGUGUCUAAUCGAUCGUACUUGGUGGAUUUCUUUAAGAAUACACAGAUAGACUUUUACAAAAGGGUGUGGAAAAGAAUGAGCAAUCUACCUGCCAAUAACAUUGAGGGCAUGAAGUGGACCCGCGAAAAGCGAUACAUACAUCUUGGAAACGGACCUAUAUUGAACUUCCAGGCAAGCAAGAAACCUUGCGAAUUGGUCACGUGUAAGUAA